AAAAAAAAAAAAAAAAAGGCCGCGGUCAUAGAGUUUGAGAUUGACAAGCCGCUCUGCCCAGUAGUGUGCUCUAUGGUAUGAGCCCGCCUUAGCUCCCUCCUCGGAUGUCGCCGUUUACAAUAGCGUGAGAGAUGCAGAUUCGUCACAGGACAAACACUAAAUCGCUAUAGAUUAAUAUUUUUUCUUCUCCGAUCGCCUUUUUGUUGCGAUAUUUACCAGGACAAAUGUCAAAUUACUUUUUUACACAAUUAACUGGAUUUUUGUAUUCGUGUGUGGAAAGUGCGGGUGAGGUUGAGCGGAGCAGGUAAAGCUAUUAGUCGCGCCGCCUGGCCGCAGAUUCAUCACAGAUGUAAUUGUGGAUAUAUUAAUAACCGAGGCAUUCGGUGUAAGGGCGGACUGCCGCCGAGAGGCGAUAGAGAAGCGGGGAAGCCGAGGAAAUAAUCCUGAGAUAAGUGGAGAGGUGCCAAGAGAAGGGGACGUGCUGCGGCGAAAGUGCGACCCGGGGAGCAGGCGGCGCUACUGAGAGACACAGAGGAUCCGGGGGAAGAGACAGCUAGAGACAGCCGGGAGCGGACCGACACUCAGGUCAGAUGUCCCCAGAUGGAGCCCGAGGGCGAGAGUCACAGAGCGGCCGGCUUCCAGUGGAGAAGUUACAAACUGCUGCUCGACCCCGCGCUCCGGAAGGCCGCACAGAAGGUUUACCGCUAUGAUGGAGUGCACUUCAACAUCACUGAUGGAUCGUUUCUUCCAGUCGGAGAUGUGCGGGAUCCUCGGCAGCAGCGCCUGUGGAGUAAACCCAGAGAUGUCACCCUUCCCGUCCCUAAAUUUAAGUUUGAUGAGUUCUACGUCGGGCAGCUCCCCCAGAAGGAGGUCACCUUCGCUCAUCUUAACGACAACGUGCGAGAGCUCUUCCUCAAGGAAAUGUGCCGCAAAUUUGGGGACGUGGAAGAAGUGGAGAUCCUGCUGCACCCCAAAACCCGCAAGCACCUGGGCCUGGCAAAGGUCCUGUUCUCCAGCUCCCGGGCAGCGAGGGAGACGGUCACCCAUCUUCACAACACGUCUGUCAUGGGCAACAUCAUCCACGCUGAGCUCGACCUUCGAGGUCAGCAGCGGCAGAAAUACUAUGACCUGAUAGUGAACGGAUCCUACAACCCUCAGACCGUUCCCACCACUAGCAGGUGGGGGCAGGAGAGGCCUCCGGAGCCGGUUGACUGUCGCCGCCGCCCGUCCAGUGACACCGCCUUUAUUCCCGGCAACGGGACCCCAUCUUCACAAGACCCCGGCUCCACCUAUAGCCAGUACACCCCGUCCCUAUCCUCCUCACAGGGCACCCCAUACACUCCGAGGAGCGGGACACCCUACUCUCAGGACUCUGCCUACUCUAGCAGGCAGGGGACGCCCAGCCAUUCCAGUUCCCAGGACUCCUCAGGAUAUAAGUCGCGGCGCCACGAGAACAGCACCGGUGAUUCGUACUCUCGCCGGUCUGGACACCACUAUUCUCCUGCCGCCACCUCCUCAUCAACCUCCACCUCCUCCUCUUCAUCCCAGCACGAGAGCAGCAGCAGCAGCCACAGACGUUACCACCGCCAUCAGCACCGCUCCUCCCCACAGUCCUCCUACCGCUCUCGCCAUCGUAAGCCGCCGCCACCCCCGGAGGAACCGCCCUUACACCGCUUUCCUGGGACUCCACCACUGCCUACCCCUCCACCGCCACCACCUGACGAACCUCAACCCGACCGGGACUACAGAAUGGCCCACCCACCACUUCCUCCAUCUCCGCCCUCCUCCUCCAUACCGCAUCCUCCCCCUCCGCCAUCUGAAAGCUGGGAGCCUCCUCCACCACCGCCACCUCCUCUACCGGCCUGCUCCCCUCCCCCGUCACCCGCCCGCUCCUGUUCGCCGCUCCCGGACGGUAUCUCGGAGAGCCUGCCCUUCACUCAGCACAGCAGUAGCCUGGACUCCCGCAUUGAGGCUCUCCUGAAGGAGCAGCGAUCCAAGUUCUCCUUCCUCCCCUCCGACACCGAGGAAGAAGAUGAAGGAACGGCAGAGGGCACCGCACAGGAGACCGCUGUCCAUGAAGAAGUCCCACUGCCUGCUCAUGGUCCGUACACUCCGCCCCCACCCGCCAGCUUCGAGGAUGUUUCGGCGGAGGCCAUUCUGAGGUUUGGGGAUCUUGGCAGAACGGCAAAUGGACAAGAACGGCUGUCUUCUGGAGAGGACAUGGAAAUCUCAGAUGAAGAAAUUGCCAUUGAGAUGCCUGGAGCACCGGGUCCACCUUACCCCCUCCUGCCCCACAUGGCAGGUCCUGGGGGCACUUACCCCACUCAGACUAUACCCACAGCUCUUCUAUCAAUGCAGCCUCACCCGCACCAUCAAGGACCCAAUGCAUAUCCAAUCAUGGCCUCCACAGCAGCUAGAGGCCGAAUUGGAGAACUUGGGGCCCGCCCAGCCUCCCCUUCCCAACUAGACCCUUCAUCCUCCUCUACCGUAUCGGCUCCCCAUAUCUAUGACUUUGUGAACUCCAUGGAGCUGGUGACCAGACUGGGUAACCAGUGGGGGGGCACGUCCAUGUCUUUCCAGAUGCAGACCCAGAUGCUGAGCCGUCUGCAGCAGAGCAGGCAGGAUAAGGGGCAGCCGUUUGAGGACCCUUACCCCCCACCCCUGCUCCCUCAUCUGUUAUCGCACAGACAUCGUCAGCCGCACCCACCCCCACUCAUGGCCGAGGCGGUGUUUGGGGCGGCCUAUUCCCACUUCCCGUCCCAAGAACCACAUCCCUUGUUACCAAUGAGGGACCUCGGCGCCAGGACAAAUCGAACUUUGGGUCAGGAUCCCCGGCCCAUGGGCUGGGUACAAGAAGUGGAUCCUCAUGCCGCCACAGUCAUGAGCGUCCUGUCCUCUCUAAUCCAGGAGAUGAAGAGCACCAUGCAAAGAGACCUGAACAGGAAAAUGGUGGAGAACGUGGCCUUCAGAGCCUUCGACGAGUGGUGGGAACGCAAGGAAGAAAAGGCUAAGCCGUUUCAGAAUGUGCCCAAACCAGCCCCCCGGGAAGAAGAAAAGGAGAAGACCCGUCCCAAGGAGCCUGGCCUUGUGUCCUUGGUGGACUGGGCCAAGAGCGGGGGGGCCGAAGGCUUUGGUUUUGGGUCUGGUCUCCGGGAGGCGCUGCGACUUCCUUCCUUCAAGGUUAAGAGGAAGCAGCAGUCAGAGAGUGAAGACGGAGAGCAGAAGAGACCCCGACCCUCCACACCACCAGAGGAGGAGGAAGAUGAGCGAGAGAAAGAGACCCCAGCAGAUCCACGAGCCGGAGCGAAGGCCGCACAGCGGGAGGCAGACAUACCGAAGCACAAGCGCAGGAUCCCCUUCCCCCUGGACAGCGAGGGCGAAGAGGAAUCUGAGGAGUCUGCGUCUGAUAAGGAUGGCGAUGAAGAUGAUGAUGAAGAUGAUGAUGAUAUCAGCACCAAGGAUGAAGACUCAGAAGAUGAGACGCCUCUCGCCAAACUUUCCAACAAGAUUGUGUCAGAUGACAGCGACAGCUCCAGUGAGUCGGACAGCAGCAGCUCCUCCUCGUCUUCCUCCUCCUCUUCAUCAUCUUCCUCUUCAUCACCGGCGUCCUCCGAUGAUGAAGAUGAUCAGGAGGACCCUCCUCUAACCCCAUCGGUUACCGAGCCCCUGAGACCACCCAGCCCCCCGCCGCUUCCCUCAGAAGAGAAGAGUCACAAAGAAGAGACACCGGAUAAAUCUCCAGCCGUGGAAGUGAAAGAUGAACCUUGUAUAGAGCCGCCCCCUCCGCAGCUCCCGCUCCCACCUCCGGUGACGCCCCCCAAACCUUGCACACCUUCAUCUCCUCCACUGCCGCUUCUUCCUCCUCCCAAGAAAAGGCGCAAGACUGUCUCCUUCCUCCUCACUCCAGAAGAAGAGCCUGAACCUGUAGAAAGCAAAGCCCCAAACCAUUUGGUCCCAGAGAGAACUAUCCCCGAAAUCCCACCAGUCAUUCAGGAGGAGCCAAAGGAGGAACUCCCUCCCCCUCCUGCACUGGAGGAGACCCCUCUACUUCCCUCCAAGGAUCCUUCUCCCAUUGUACAGCCAACACAGACUCCUCAGGUCCCAAAACCAGAGCCUGUAAUCCCCCCACCUCCUGCCAAAGAGCCGUCCCCUCAGAAGUCGUCUCCGGAACAGCUGACUGUAUUAAACCUUCCCUGGGACCAUGCUUGUCUUGUGAAGUCCUAUCCACCCCGCGCGGGACUGGAGGAGGCUCUGCAAGAAGAUGGCGAGGUGGAUGACGACUAUGACAAUGUAGAGGAGGUCAAAGCUUUGCCCAUUCCAGAACCACCGCUAGCACCAGUACCGGAGAUUGUUCCACCUGUACAUGAGCCGUGUGAGCCGGAGAGGAUAGAAUACGUAGAGGAGAUUCUCUUCGCCCCCAUACGGCAGAUCUUACUGGAGCACAGCUACGCUUCUAUACCCGCAGCACUGAAGAACCCGCCCAGGAGGCAACGAGCAAUAUCUGUAGACUUGGAGAAACCCAGUGAGCUCCUCCAUGUAGACCUCGGACAACCUGUGCUGGAGGCCCCGGAGGAGGUGGUGUGUGUGGGCGGAGGCCUGUUCUCUGGGCUGGAGGGUGACACGGGUGUCCUGGAUGUCGGGGACUUGCAGAUGACAUCUUCAAGGAAAACUGAGGAGACUGUAAAAGCCGCUUACGAGGAAUCUAGGAGUAAAAAACGGAGACAGCAAGAAGUGAAAGAAGUGACGGAGCCUGGAGAGAUCUCCUCUGAGGAGGAGGAUGAGGAGGAUGAAGACUCCUGGGUGUGCACACGGGAGCUGAGGUCUCACAGGAACCGGCGUCCAUACUUCCCCUUAUCUCCUCCUAAAUACGAGAUCCGCAGCGAGUUUGAGCAGAUGACCAUUCUUUAUGACAUAUGGAACACUGGACUGGAUACCGAGGACAUGGUCUUCUUAAGGGACACGUACGAGAGGCUCCUACAAGAGGAUCACAGCACGGACUGGCUGAAUGACACCCAUUGGGUUCCUCAUACUAUCACUAAUAUUGCUGACCCCAAACGGCGGAAGAAUCGUCAGGACGGCCUGCGGGAGCACCAGACGGGCUGCGCCAGGAGCGAGGGUUACUACGCCAUCAGCAGGAAGGACAAGGACAAGUAUCUGGACGUCAUCCCUGUGUCCGUACGGGAGCUUUAUAGUGACACACAGGGAACAAACCGGGUGCUCUCGGAACGUCGCUCCGAGCAGAGACGUCUCCUCAACGCCAUCGGCUCCUUCUCCCUGAUGGACAGUGACUUACUGAAACUCAACCAGCUCAAGUUCCGAAAAAAGAAGCUGAGAUUUGGGCGCAGCCGCAUUCACGAGUGGGGUCUUUUCGCCAUGGAGCCCAUCGCGGCGGAUGAGAUGGUGAUAGAAUACGUUGGACAGAACAUACGGCAGGUGGUGGCUGACAUGAGAGAGAAGAGAUACGCCCAGCAGGGGAUCGGCAGCAGCUAUCUGUUCCGUGUGGACCAUGACACCAUCAUAGACGCCACCAAAAGUGGAAACCUGGCUCGCUUUAUAAACCACUGCUGUACGCCUAAUUGUUACGCCAAAGUCAUCACCAUCGAAUCCCAAAAGAAAAUCGUCAUUUACUCCAAACAACCAAUUGGCGUGAAUGAGGAGAUAACGUACGACUACAAGUUCCCCAUCGAAGAGAACAAGAUUCCAUGUCUGUGCGGGACUGAGAAUUGCCGGGGCACCUUGAACUAACGCUAAAUGUCCUCAGGCCAACUUGGGCUGAUCGGAUCUUUGUCGCUGUUUACAGCUCAAGUGAUCAAAUUAAGCCAAAAGCUUGUGUCCGGUGACCACACACAGACGUCCAGAUGUGGACUUAGGCAGAACAUGGGGCAUUUACUGGUACGGCGGCGGCCAUUUUGUUUUCAUUUUUUUUGAAGAAGCGAGCAGCCUGACCUGUCUGUGGCUCUGUUACACAGCGCCGGAAGAUGAACGCGUUUCUGCCGAGCUCCUUCCACAAGUUCCUUCAUGCAGUCACCCUGGGGCGUUCUUAUAUAUGUAUAAUGUUAAUUUUUUUGUUAUUUUUUUAGCCUAUUUUUCUAUACAUUUUAGUUUUCUGUUCUUUUAUUCCUUUCUGGGAGUAUGUAAUUUAUGCCGGGCGGCGGCAGCAGGCGAGAGAUCAGGACCCUCCCAGCCCCCUCUCCCGGUCGUCGCUGACCUCCACUGAAGUAGGUCCGGAGUCCUCGCGCUUAAAGCCCAAGGCUUUGAACCUAAAGUUACUUGUGGCCCCGGCCUUUGCCUGUCCUCACGUGACCCCGGAACGCACAAGUCUCCCCCUCCCCAGCCUCGGACGUGACCCCCUCUUACCUGUAUAUACACUACGUAUUGUUCCCUUGUAUAUAAUCCCAAGAACUGACAUUUCACUGACCAGUCUACGACAAACCCACGGCUGAACUUUAGACCCCGCCCCCUAGUUUCCUCUCUCCGCCCCUGCGGUGUAAAGUGUUGCGGAGUAUCUGCUUUCUCUUGCCUGUUCUUGUCGAUAGUUUAUUGCGAUUAUACAGAUACGUCUCCACCAUAGGUCAUACUCUGUAUCACGAUCAGCUGCAGCGGCGUCAACGUCACAUUUUAACCAAUUUUUUUUCCCUCAGGUUUUUAAAGUGUUUAAUUUAUUCAAAUUAUAUUUUAAAAUUUAGAACCUUUUUUUUUUUUUUUUUUACUGCCCUAAUUGUGGGGGGAGGGGGGAUUCAGUGUCAGUGGAGGUAGAAGCUUCAGGGGGUCCCCAAGAUGCUUUGUAUUUUAAGGGGGUUAUCUGGCAUUACAAAAACAUAGCUGCUUUCUACCCCAAAAAAAAAAAAACAGUGCCACCCCUUGUCCACAGGUUGUGUUGGGUAUUGCAACUCCUUUCACUUUAUUGGAACCAAGCUGCAAUACCGCAGAAGUGUGGCGCUUGUUCCUGAUAGAAGUUAGCUCUGUUUUCCUAAUCCCAGAUAACCCCUAUUAAGCCUUAUUGAACGGGUUCCGCUAGCAUUUUGACAUUUCGGUGGAGGCCAGGUUUUUCCCAUGUGUUUACAUACACAUGGGGGGGGGGGGGGGAGGCUCCACCACACACAUUCUUUUUGCCUCCACCCUUUGUGCUGUUGCCCUGAUACUUUGAGUAGGCGCCAUUGUUGUGCGUGGGGUGGGGGGCGGUGGACGUGUCCUUUUGUGGAGUCAGCAGAAG